AAGAAAUAAUUCAAAAAUCUUUCUUUUAGAACUUUAUUACAUAAAAUGAAGAAAAGUGUCUUGUUUUCAACUCUUCUAGUUAUUGUUUUAUCAUGUAUGUCAAAUAUCAAGGCAAAAACAUAUUUGGAAAGAAAAGCUGAUUUUUUGUAUUCAGCAGCAAGUCCUCAAAUUAAUUUUAAUAUAGAUGAACUUCCAUCAGAUGAACAUAUUGGUGUUUCGACUGCUAGAAAUGUAAUUGGUUUCUGCCAAGAAUGUGCACAUUAUUGUUUGAGAAGAAAACGGGUUACUGGUCAAUGUACAUCAUUUAUUUGUCAUUGCUCUAUUCGUGAUGUUGGAUUGUAA